AUGGCGAUUUUCUUGCUGUUAUCUAAAACCAAAAUCUGUGCAGCAGCACAUACGGAAGUGGGCAGACGAAGAAUCAAUGUGAUCGACACUGUAGGACUCUCUGAUACAAAAGUGAAGAUUACAGAUCUUCAGACCAAAAUAGAGCAGAUAUUUGAUUGUGCACACGAUGGUGUUGACGUGUUUCUGCUGGUGAUCAGACUGGGUGUUAAAUUUACAGAGGAGGUCAUUACAGCGAUGAAAUGGAUCCAGGAUCAUUUUGGAGCAAAAGUCUUAAAACACACAAUAGUGCUCUAUACGCAUGCAGAUCAGUUACAGGAGACAGUAGAAGAUCAUCUGGGAGAAUGUCAAACACUGCGAUCACUCGUUGAUCAGUGUUCAGGAGGAUUUCAUGUUUUUAACAACAAAGAUGAAGAUCCAUCUCAAGUCACUGAGCUUCUGGACAAGAUAAACAGACUGAGGAUGACGAAUGUGUACAAGAGAUACAAUGAGCAGGACUAUAAAGAGACACAGGAUAAAAUCCUAAUCAGAAAAUAUGUUACUGGAGCAAAAAUAGGAGGAGGAGCAGGUAUAUUUUUAGGAGCAGUAGCUUCUGAAGUAGGAGCAGGUGAAUUAACUACAUGGAAAGCAGCAGCAGUAGGAGCACUAGGAGGUGUGGUUAUAGGAGCAGCAGCAGCUUGGUUGUCAAAGUGUGACCUAGGGGUCACUGCCAGGGAACUUUACCACAAUGUCAAGAGGAUGGCAAGAAUUUAUAGCUAA